UCAUAUAUAAAGAAUUACACAUUCAAAGUCACGAUAAAUUUCUGUUGACGGUAAGCUGUAUAGGGUGUAUCAGUAUAUAUGUCAGUAUAUAGUAGGUACAGACAUCAGUGACGUCGCUCCAUUAAAAAAAGUUACAUGUCAAAGACUUCAAGUGUGGUGCAGUAGAAAAUUGUUCUAAAUCUUCGCCGGAUUAAAACCUGGUGUCAUCCAGGAUGCUGGCGUUAAUAAGUCGUAUUUUAGACUGGUUCAAGUCGUUAUUUUGGAAGGAAGAAAUGGAGUUGACAUUGAUUGGACUCCAAUAUAGUGGAAAAACUACAUUCGUUAAUGUCAUAGCGUCAGGGCAAUUUAGUGAAGAUAUGAUACCUACUGUGGGAUUUAAUAUGAGAAAAAUAACAAAAGGAAAUGUAACUAUCAAAGUUUGGGAUAUUGGAGGCCAACCAAGAUUCAGAUCAAUGUGGGAGCGAUAUUGUAGAGGUGUAAAUGCCAUUGUUUACAUGGUAGACGCUGCUGAUUCUGAAAAAAUAGAAGCUAGUCGCAACGAAUUGCAUAAUUUACUGGACAAACCUCAAUUAUCUGGUAUUCCAGUAUUAGUUUUAGGAAACAAAAGGGAUCUUCCUUAUGCUCUCGAUGAAAAUGGUCUUAUAGAUAGAAUGAAUCUCUCAGCCAUACAAGAUCGCGAGAUAUGUUGCUAUAGCAUUUCUUGUAAAGAAAAAGAUAAUAUUGACAUAACACUUCAAUGGCUUAUAGCUCACUCAAAAGGAGGUGUUCGUUAAUUCAUUUUUGGUUAAUGUAUCAUUAAAGUUAAUUUAAAAGUUAAGGUUUGAGGAAAGAUUGGGAACAAUUGAACGGAUAACAGGCAUAUUAACAGUGAUUUUUUAAUUAUAUCAUCGAAAAAAAAAAACAGUCUUUUAAAUCAUUUGCUUCGCCAAAAUAAGUAUGAUUGAUGAAAAUUGUGAAAAGUUGAUUGUAAAAUGCUUAUGCAAGAAAGCUCAUCAACGUAAUCAGCAUCAUACAGCACAACGCUGAAAGCAUAUAGUUAUAAGAAAAGUUUUUUAUAUUUUCAUUAUUAAGUAAUUUUGCUCCUGUUUUCAAUGUGACCGUCAUUAAGAAAAAUAAUAAUAUUUGUAGACAUAAUAUAGGAUUUUAGAUACGAUUGAUUAGAUAAAUAAAUAAUAACGCAAAUAUAUUCAUUUUUAAAACCAUUUCGGUAUAGAAAAUUUGAUCAUACAUUAUAUAGAAAAAGAAAUAGAUAAAAUAAAAUAAUAGUAACAGACAUUAUAUACACUUAAUCCGAUUUAAUAUUUAUAUCAUUUAUAGCAAUUUAAAUGGCAUAAUGAUUCAUUAUGACUCUAAACAAAAAAUC